UCCAACAACUGAUCCAGCUGUCAGAGCUCUACUGGCAGGUCAUUCUACAGUUGUGGAGCGGCCGAUGAAAAGGUGCUCUUGGUGAUGGUUGCCAGUCAGAUUUUGGCUAGUUGGAGUAAUUGCCCCCCGCCCCUGCUGCAUUUCCCACCCUCAGCUUAUACUCAAAUCAAUACGUUUUCCCAGUUUUUUUUGAGUUAAAAUUUGGUGUCCCGGCUUAUAUUCAGGUCAACUUAUACUCCAGUAUAUACGGUAGCGUAAUUUCAAUUUAGGUAUACGAUUAAAUAUGAGAACUAGAGUAUUGAUGACUGGUAACUUUCAUUUGCAAAUUUCUUUAUUUCCAAAGAAAUGGAUGGAAAUUGUGUCCCAUUCAGAUCCAAAAUUGAUGGAGGGAAUAUUUAAGCUUAGCUGAUGGAGUAAGGCAUGGGCCUGUAUUUGGUCUGACAAUGACUACUCCAAUUGUAUCUAAAUCUGAAUGUGACCGCACUGCAUAGAACCAAAGAUGAAAAGGAUGGGGUGAGGAGAAAUAUUUAGCAUAUGGAUUUAAAAAAAGAUAAACCGUUAUUUUGUUACAAAAAGAUCACCCUGAAUUUCCAUGACUGAAAGAAAUAAUAUAGGUUUAUUAUAACAACACAGUUAGUGCCUCAAAGACUUCUACACUGGCUGUCAUACAGCACCACCUUGUGAGUGUAUUUUGCAAGGUCUUUUGGAAUAUUUUAGAUCUAUUCCAUUUCCACUAUCAGAAUUUAGGUGAAGCUAGUCUUAGUGCUUGGAAUGUCACUUUUUGAAAGCAAUCAGUUCCUGUUACACAUCACAAUGUUUUAAAAGUAACUGGUUACUUUUUACUUGUUAACAUGCUAAAACUGUAUCUCAUUAUGUUUUCUGUUACUUUCUGUUAUUUUUCUGAGAGGUAAAAGACUGAGUCCUGAUAAGAAAAUGAAAUAAAAUUUGAAAAAUGCCUCUAAAAUGCUUUUGAAAAGUAAGUAGAAAUUCUACACCAGUAAAGCUGAUCUAGUGCUAGUCAUUAUAUUACUUAUGAAAUAUACCUUUACAUUCCCCACUCCAUCCUGUCACAACUAGUUACAGGCUAUGGUAACUUUCUACAUUAAGAUUCCAAGUGUUCUGACAGCCACCUUUUAGUCAUAAGAGGAACAAUGAUAAUCUUAAUUCUAAUGUAAACCAGUGCAGGCAACUGUAUCUGAGAAGGAAUAUCUUCAUGUUCAGAUUUGGGGGGUGUUUGUUUUCUUUGAUAGACUGGGAUUUGAUCUUGCAGCAUAUUCAGUUUGGCUUUUCAUUGCUACAUGAUGUUGAAAUGCACCAGACUAUGGUGCAGUUGGCCCUUCACAUUGGUUUAAUCUUUGGAUAAUUUGAUUAUUUGCAGAUCUGAUUAAUACGUUAUCUCUAGAAAUCUCUAUGUACACCACCACCACUCUAUGACCAACCUCCCCAAGCUUUGUAACUCAAUUAGAAAUAAUAUAUUCUAAACCUGACAGUCUUAAGUACAUCUUUACUAAAGAGUUAUAUCAGUUUGAUAUCAUUUUUAUAAUCAUGGUGCUGUCCAAAGGAAUGCUACAGUUUAUAGUUUAAUAUGGUGCUAAGAAUUCUACGCUAGAGAUCUCUACUGUAUGCUCUUGAAGUGUUUUUCAGGCUACCCUGAUUUAAGAUUCAGUAGCUCUUCUCAGGACAUACCGAGCAAUUCAAAGCAUUCUAACAGCAUAUUAUAAAUUCCUCACUAAACUCUAUAUUGGGAAUGACAACCUUCAUCAAGUUUCUCUAGCAAUCUGCUCAUCUAUGAUCUUGUUGCUUACUGUUUUCUGAACGUAUGUUCUGAUGUGCAGCUUCCUUUACUGUAAGGUUUCUGAGAAGUUAUAAAAGGGGUUGCAGAUCACAUGCUUUCUUUUCUGUCCUUUUGACUAUGUGACCAGUUGAUAGCUGUUUUGUUACAAGAGAGAUGCCCUGGCCAUCUGGCAAUGGGAACAUCUCAAAGAUAUUUGAAACUGGACUGAUUGAGUUUUUUGUACCCGUGUAUGCUGAUCACAUGAAAGUUGCUAGUAAACCAAAUAUGUUAUUUCCAUCAAAGUCUACUUAAUUUUUGUCUCUUGAGUGCAUGAUAUGAAACAAGUUGUUUUAUGGGAGAAUAGUUUUUGGGGCUCUGCUGUUUUUAUACACUGGAAAAUCUCUGUUUUUCCUGACAGAUCAGAGAUUGCUCGUUGUUCAGUCUAGCAACUGAAACCAUUUCCUUGUAUAUACUACAAGAGGAGAUUCUUGCAUACUACAAGAGGAGAUUCUGCUCUAAAGGUUUUCUUUGGCUCUUCUCUAAAAAGUUAUGUUCUUUAAUACUAUAAAUCCCAAGAUGAAUUAGGAUCAAGUUGUGACUGUUGAAAGUUGUACCGAAUGGGUAUAGCUAUGUGUUGCAGUGGUCUUUAGUCUAAGAUCACUGGAAAAUUGGGAAUUCUAGCCAGCAUAGUGAAGUUGUUUGAGUAUUGGAAUACAAUUCUGCAGACCAGGAUUUGAAUCUCUGCUCAGCUAUGGAAACCACUGGUGGCCUUGAGCUAGUCACACUCUUUAACCAGAGAGGAAGGAAAUAGCAAUCUUUCUCUGAACAAAAUGAUGCAGGAAAUUUGAAGUUUUACUAACUGUGGAUGUCACGAAUCAGGAACUGGAACCAGGAAUCUCACCUGGUUGAAGGCAAGCAACAGAUACUUUAUUCAAUUUGUGCAAAAGGGAUGCUCGUACAGCACAGAUGCUCAAAGGGUACAAGUGUAAAAGCAUAAUCGUAAGCAGGCUUUUUUAUACACAAGAAUUCCCAUGCAUUAACAUUGCAAUGUUUUGAAACUCCCUCCCUUUCACCUGAUUGGCCAGUGCCGAGAAGCCCCCAGUAUCUCCCAAGCCUGGUUGGUCAGGAGGUGGGUCUUGGCCGGUGCACACCAUGAUUUGAGGAAGUGGUGAUGAUGUAGCUGGGAAUCUCCUCCCAGCUGGUCAGGGAGGCCCCAGAACUUCCAGUGGGCUGGUGAAGGCAGUCUUGGGGAUAGUGAGGUCCCAAAGGGUCAAACCAACCCCUAGUGUGUAGCAAUGGAAUGCUGGAGACAAAGAAAAAUCCAAAAUAUGAUUGACAGAACCCUGUCAAAGAAGAGAAUGCGGGUUUUUGUCUCAGCCAUCUUCCUAUGCUAGGGAGGCAAAGAGUCCCAAAGAUGUGUAUCAUUAAUGGGAUCACCAUCAAAGUUUCACCCUGGACCUCUGUCCCACAGAUAGCUGAGAUCCUCAAUAGGAACUGCCUGGCAGUGGGCAGAUGGGCUCCCACUGAGAUCUAGAAAGGUCCUUUGUCCCAUAGAUUAUAUUCCAUCUCCGGUUCUCACACAGGGUGUGGAAUGGGUAUCUGGAAUUUCUCAAGACAGGUCACUGGAGUUCAUGGGCUCAUGUACAUUUGCUUUCAUUUCAUAGAGUCCAAUAGUAAUAAUAGUAAUAACAACAAUAACAACAAAAACAGCAACAUAAUUUUUUUUUAAAGUUCAUGUGAUGUUUGGUAUAGGUUGAUAGAGAGGGAAGAGAUAAAAAAGUAAUUUGCCUUAUUUGUUUAUAUUUUCUUCCCCCCACUCGUGUGCACAUCCGCAUGUCCACAUUAAAAAAAAUUAGAGUGAUACAUAGUAGCAGUGGCUUGGAAAUGGAGGUCCUUUGGAUACAUGUUAUCCAUUUGGUUUGUAUCUUGGCUGGGAGAAGGGAGAGAGCAGGACGGGUGAUCUCCAUGGAAGCCUUGGAGAUUUGCUGGUGUGGACUGGCUCAGGCUGAAUAUCUGAGCCGGGGGUGGGUGUCCAUGUAUGGGAGCGUGGGGGCUAUGGAGUGCAAGCUGCUGCUGCUCUUGUGGAGGCUCGAUGGAGGUCGUGGAGACAGAGGCAGCUUCCAGUUCAUCUGUCCUUCCCUCUAUGGGAAACGACAAUUCCCAUGAAAGUUGAACUAUGUCUCCUUUUUAUUAGGGGUGGGAUUGGGGGUCCUCAAUAACAAAAAAAAUGCUAAAAAAACACUGCUUUAUGGCCAUUAGAAUCCAGAAAUUACUUGGAAGCAUUCAACAAAAGACCAGUAAAACCAAAGUUAGAAGGAAAGGUAUGUAACUACUGAUCUGUAGCGGAAAAUAAGGCACUGCGUUUCUUUUCCUUGCCUUGUUCUUCUUCCAUAGCAGAACAUGCUGAGGAAAGUAGAAAGGACUGAACAAGGAACAAACUAUCAGAAUGUUGUUCCUCCUAAAGUUGUCCCUCCUCCCCUCCAGAAACAGGAAGAGUAAAAUUGUCACGCAGAGAGGCCAUUUCUUAGAAGAACCCCUUUGACCAGAACUGGAGAGCAUUCAGAUAUUUUUUUUCUUUUCAGAUGCUGCCAUGCCCUCACAUUUAUACAUUGUGAUUUUACUUUUAUGGACAGUUCAAUGUGCAGCAGAACAUCUCAGUCUACAAGACACAUCCUUAAUUCAGAUCGCUUUUAUCAACGAACCUGUUGAUGUAACUUGCAGAGCUACCACGAUGUGUAAAUCACCACAAUCAAAUCUUGAAAUCUGGUAUAACCAAACAGAUGAAUCAGGCAGAGAAAAAACUGUCUAUAAGAACAGCAGCAUCAGCUUGAAAUGUACGGUGAAUCAAACGUGGGCAAAGAGUUUCAACGUUCACAUCAUGCCUGCUAACCAUGGCUCUGUUACUGGUUUCUAUGCAUGCAAAGCAAAGUUGAACUCAGAGACAAGUAAAGGAAGUGGAACAUUUAUCCGUUUCAGAGACAAAGGAUAUAUAGAACCAUUUCCUACUACAUGGGUUUGUCUGAUCACUGUCACUGUUAUUUUAGCUGCCUUAAGCAUUGGGGGAACAGCCUUGCUAUUCUGGAAGAGAGAGGUGGUGUGGCCUGAGAAGAACCGUGUCAAGAAAUGCCCAAAUAAAAAAUCAACACCUCAGCACACUUCGGGCAGCCUGGGACCUCCUGAAUCCAUGUAUACUGAUUUAGAACCCCACCAACCUGAUGUCUAUUUAGACUUUGAGAAAAAAUUAAGUAGCCCAUUACACACAGCGAUGCCUACAACUAAGGUAAUAAAAGGAGAAAUCCAAGAUGUGUAUGAGAACAAUAGUAUAGAUGUGUAUGAGAACAUCUAAAAAAGGAGACUGCAUUGUACAAAUCUAACAGCCGACACCGUUCAAAAGAAAGGUCCACAUUGCCAUUGUAGUUCAACGUGGGACAAGCACCCUGUCAUAUAAGCAAAAGGACAAAUUGAUAGAACAGUAACCAGGGAACACAACUGGAGCAGGCAAAUACUCUGUGACAAGCUAAUAAAGUGAGAAUGGGAACUACAGACAAGAAGAGCGAUUUCAUAGAUUAAAUGUGGAAUCUCCAUCACUUGCCAUCAUGAUUUAUGUUUUCAGUUUUAGGGAAAGCUGUUUAGAACCAAAUCCUGCAAAAUGGUUUGCCUUUAUGGAAUCCAAAAGCAAUAUUUACAAGGUUGUCCUGACUGGUAAAUACAGCUUUAAAAAAUUAAGUUUUAUUGCACAUUGUGAGUGAUAGCAGCCUGGUGGAAAUGAUUUUUUUUCUGCUGAAGAAAGUACUGUACUUUUAAACUGUUCAUUAUUUUCUCUAAUUAGAGUAAUGAUAGACUCAAUGCCCUAGAGGUUACAUCAUGUAACUUACAUGUAUGAUUUAUUUAUUUUUUGCUUGUAGGAAAGAGGCAAAGAAAUCUGUUGACUAAUCUGAUAUGAGAAAUGAAUAAGAAAGCCUGGGAUGCAUUGUCGCAAACUUAUGUGUGAAAUCACCUCACUCAGAGAUUAAAAUUCAUGCUGACCUUAUUUAUUUCAUUUUAGACAAUUUGCUGUACUUGCAAAACAGCAACUCUUGGUUUUAAAACCAAGGUAAAAAAAGUAAAUGUUUCCCCUGACAUUAAAUCUAGUUGUGCCCAGCUCUGGGGGGUGGUGCUCAUCUCCAUUUCUAAGCCGAAGAGCCGGUGUUGUCCAUAGAUACCUCCAAGGUCAUGGGGCCAGCAUGACUGCAUGGAGUGCCGUUACCUUCCUGCAGAACAGUACCUAUUGAUCUACUCAUAUUUAUAUGUUUUCAAACUGCUAGGUUGGCAGAAGCUGGGGCUAACAGCGGGAGUUCAAAUUACAUGUUAUGGUGUUUUUUGCAAUCUGUUAUACACACACACACAUACUGUAUAUACCUGAAACCAGGUGCCAUUUUGUUUUCACUAUUGUUUAUAAGUUUUUUUAGGAUCCUUUUCAGCUUAAUAUUUAAAAUGAUAUGUGCUUCAAUGUUAAUAUUUUUCAGGUAAGUCCACUUAAAAAGCAAACCCCAAGAUGGGAUCCACCAAAAAAUAAAUUAUUGCAGAUAGAUCUGUCGCUAUUGAACAAAAAGGUAGAUGCUAAAUAUUAUAAAUUGGAAUGGAAAACCAGAGUCAGGUAAUCUAAUUUGCACCGAAACUGUGUUGUAGAUGCUACAGAAGAAAAGCCAUGUUACUUGGUUGCAAUAAAGACCAAUUGGGGAUGUUAAAGCUGACACAUUUAUUGAUCAGAUGUAGAUACAGCAGGAAGUAUAAAAUAUUGUGUAUGUUUUAACCAUUAAUUAAUGAAAUACACAAUGGGUCUGAUGGAAAUUAGCUGAUAGAUGGAAUACAAUGCACAAUCUAAUCGAAUUCUGUUCAACUGGCACUGAUAUUAUUAGGAGCUAGGCAUGUUCCUUUGUGGAUCAGAAAGCUUGACUAGAUUGUGUUCUAAAUAUGGAUAAGCAACAGUGCUCCUAUUAAAACUGUCAGGAGCACAUUGACAGAAACUUAACACUUCAGAAACAGCAGGCAGCAGCAACAGUACUGAUAACGACAGCAACUACAACAUGGUUCAUUUUCAUACAUUAGCAUCCCAUAGAAAUUUAUGAACUGGACAGGAUUUAGAAGAGAUAAUGUAUUUUUAGGAGAAGAACCUAGGAAGUGGUCUUUUUCAGUUUAGAAAAAUCAGGCUGGUUUCAAAAGAGACUAUGGCAAUGCUGAAAUCUUUAAAAAGUUACAAUAAUAAAAGAGGGGUGGGAAUAUUUACCAAGGAACUGCGAGAAGGGACAAGGAAGAGUCAGGAACAAGGAUGGCACAAUGAAACAAAAUAUAUAGGGCAACUGUAGGCUCUUGAUCCCCUGCCACACACACACACACAUUAAAUGCAUGUAGCUUCCACUCACUGAAAUAUACAUAUAUAUAUAGAGAGAGAGAUUUGGAAAAGGUGCAGAAAAAGACAACUAAAAUUAUCAUGAGCUGGAAAAUCUGUAAGGAAAAGUUGCAGCAUUUGAGUCUUUGCUUUACAAAAAAAGUGCAUGACAAAAUUAUAUAUAACUAUGGAGGGUGUGUAAAAAAUACUAGAAUCCAAGCUGACCCAUCCAUGAUCUGGCGCCAAAGAUUGGGACAGCCAAGAUUUCUUUGUAUUUGAACCCCCUGAGGAAUCACUAAUCCAGUGGUUCUCAAACUGUGGGUCCCCAGAUGUUUUGGCCUACAACUCCCAGAAAUCCCAGUCAGUUUACCAGCUGUUAGGAUUUCUGGGAGUUGAAGGCUAAAACAUCUGGGGACCCACAGGUUGAGAACCACUGCACUAAUCAGAAUUGUCUUAGUUUAUAGCUAGAUUUAUAUUGACUUAAUAUGGUUUCAUAUUUUUUCCCCUAUAUUUAACAGUAUUUCAUUUAUUAUUUCACUAUUUUUGUCAUAGUAGUUGUAUUGUUAAUUGUUUUAGUCAUUGGUACUGUUGUUACAUUGUAUCCUGUUUGUACAAAAUAAAUGCAAGUAUGGUGAAUUUUA